AUGCCCGUCCCAGAUUUCACCUCCCCCACCAUCUUCCCCCCUUUCAACGCUCUCCCCUUCACCACCACCACCCCCUCCUCCCCAUCCCCAUCCCCAUCCCAACCCAAAAACCACCAACCACCCCCCGGCCCCACACACGAAGCCCAAGCCCAAGACUACUACCUCCUCGCGCAGAUAACGCACAACAUGACGCUGACAAAACCAACCCUGAUCCUGGCCGACCGCGCCGGCACCUCGUUCGCGCUGGUGUACACGUCGCGGCCGGGCGCGGGGCCGGACGCGCCCGACCUGGCGGCGCGGGGGAUGCGGCGGGGCGCGACGGUCGUCUUGCGCGGGGCGCGGCGGACG